UGUAACGCCGUCACCAUCCCCGUAGUUCGUCAGUCUGAGGUCUGUGGUACCCGGAGGUGGUACCGUGGCAACGUGUCUCCGUGCUCUCCAACAAAAAGGACACCAGGGGCGACUCACACACUCAAGCCGAUCUCCCAGCGGACACAGCCGAAGAAUCCUCCGCGUUUCUGCUUCUAAUCCCAGUUCGUCUGGUCCUGCAUCCUCGUCUCCUGCGAAGCUCAGCUGUCCUCCAGGAACAGUCGUUUACUCCAUCGUCAUCUUCAUUAUCGUGAGCAGAUAUGCCUGCAGCGGUAGGCGGGCCUGUAGGGUACACCCCUCCUGAGGGUGGCUGGGGUUGGGCAGUGGUGUUGGGGGCCUUCAUCGCCAUUGGCUUCUCCUAUGCCUUCCCCAAAUCCAUUACUGUGUUCUUCAAAGACAUCGAGGUCAUCUUCAAUGCCACACCAAGUCAGGUUUCCUGGAUCUCCUCCAUCAUGCUGGCUGUCAUGUAUGCAGGAGGUCCAAUCAGCAGCAUCCUCGUGAACAGAUUCGGCAGCCGACCGAUCAUGAUCGCCGGCGGUUGUCUGUCGGGGGCGGGUUUGGUUGCAGCUUCUUUCUGCAACACAGUGGAGCAGCUGUACUUCUUCAUCGGAGUAAUUGGAGGUUUGGGACUGGCCUUCAACUUGAAUCCGGCCCUUACUAUGAUUGGAAAAUACUUCUACAAGCGUCGGCCCAUCGCCAACGGCCUUGCUAUGGCGGGCAGCCCCGUGUUUCUGUCCACCUUGGCUCCUCUCAACUCCUGGCUGUACGAUCAGUUUGGGUGGAGAGGCAGCUUCCUCAUCCUGGGAGGACUUCUGCUCAACUGCUGUGUGGCCGGCUCCCUGAUGCGCCCCAUUGGUCCAAAACCUCAGCCGCCUAAACCUGAUGCAGAGGGAGCAGGACAGCCCAAGAGGACGGUGCUGCAGAAAAUCAACUCUUUCAUCGAUCUGACGCUCUUCAAACAUCGCGGCUUCCUGCUCUACCUGCUGGGCAACUUCGUCUUGUUCUUCGGCCUCUUUUCUCCGCUCGUCUUCCUGUCCAAUUACGCCAAGAGUAAGGAUAUCAGCAAAGAAAAGGCGGCCUUCCUUCUGUCGGUGCUGGCCUUCAUCGACAUGUUUGCUCGACCCUCCAUGGGCCUUUUGGCAAACAGCAAGUGGGUUCGGCCCAGGAUUCAGUACUACUUUGCUGCAUCCGUCCUGUAUAAUGGAGUGUGUCACGUGCUGGCGCCGGUGUCAACGGACUACACGGGGUUUGUGAUCUACGCCAUCUUCUUCGGCUUUGGUUUCGGCUGGCUGAGCGCCGUGCUGUUUGAGACGCUGAUGGACCUGGUGGGGGCUCAGAGGUUUUCUUCAGCUGUGGGUCUGGUCACCAUAGUGGAGUGUGUGCCAGUGCUGUUAGGCCCGCCACUAACAAGUAGUUUCUAUAACUACUACCACCACUAUGACUACACCUACAUCUCCUCCGGCAUCGUCCUCAUAAUCGGAAGCAUCUUCCUCUUUGUGGGAAUGGGCAUCAACUACCGCAUGAUGGACCGAGAGAAGAAAGAGGAGGAGAGAAAAGAGAGGGAGGAGCCCAAAGAAGAGCGUGCCGCCAUGUUGGCACCUUCCUCCCCGGCAAAAUCAAAUGAGGACAACCUGCCGACCGCCGUCACAAUGGACGAAGUCACCAAGAUGGACGAGGACACUGUGUAAAUGAACGGACUUGAGAAGAAAUGCACACAAGAGCUGCAGUUACAACCACACGGUAUCUUUAUAGAAAUCCCUUUUUACAACCCUGAAGCCAUAGAAACCGCUCCACAAUUAAAACCAGAGACCUGCUGCGGCGACACUGACCGUGAUUCGGUGCUUCACCUCACUCAGACCUCCGGUUUUUUGUCUACGACGUGCCUUUUGGUGAACUGAAAGCGUCCCGGGCGGCACUGCUUGCAUAAAGACGGAGUGACUGUAAAAUAACCAUCCCAUCAACUAACGAGGACUCUGUCUCAGGGUCUUGAACUGUCACAAAGGUUCAGAGCCUCACGCACACAAUUAAUUUUUUUAAAAGUAAGUCACCGUACAUGUUACAAUACAGAAAGUUCUCCCUUAUGUUCUGCACAAUCACUUCACUGCACAAGGGCUGGAUGUAAAUUCCACAUCCGUGUUGUUAAUCGAAGCGUUAGUUAGGAUUUUAUUUUAUUUUAUUUUUUAAAAUAUUGGGUAAUAAGUAGAAAUUCAUCACAAUACAAUGAAAAGCAAAGUUCAUGUUUUUAACCGUUUAGGCAGGAAUGCAAAAUAACAAAUAUUUUUCCUGAAAAUCAGGAAGCUAAAAUCUAACGUAGGAAUCUUCUGAGCGGUAUGAAACUAGGUCACGACGGAGGGGUAUCGGAGGCAGAAAUGUGGAAUUUAAGAGCAGCUUUGAUCUUUUAUUGAACUGAUGAAGAUGACGCGCAUCAUAUCAUCAGAAUGGCUCGCAGUCGGGGGCACGAAUCGCGCGCUGGUUUGUGUUUGUGUGCUCUGAGUAGCCUGGACUUUCUGGCAAAAGAGAAAAUGUUUUAAUGUAAUUCAGGGUUUCAGAGCAGCACAUUUAUGGUGUUUAAAUGUGAAUGAAACGGUUUAGUUCAGUUUCUACGAAUACCUAUAAAAACAUCUGUUUUAUGUUAUUAGUAAAUGACAAUCUGACGAGGUCUUUUUAAUGAACUGAAGUGUUUUUAGAUGAGUGGGACGUGUGGGAGUGAGUGAGGCGUGUUUGUGUGUCAGCAAGUAGUUUUAAAAUUUAGGAAGGUUUUGUCAUUUCAUUCUUUAAAAGUUCAGCCAAUGAAAUAUCAGCACAUCCUGCAGGUUUCUCUCUGACGUGUACAGAAUCAUUCAUAUCUUCAUAUUUGAUCCGGUGAACUGUGGAGAUUUGUCUCCAGUUUGGGAGAAUAAACGGGCCUGAAGCUGAGCCGCAGACAGUUUUAAAAACCUUGGAGGUGUUGGGAGAAGGAUGAGCAGAAUUAACGUCUCGGUGUUAUCACGUUGACAGUGUUCUCACUGUUGCACAUGACCGGCUGUAUAAUCCGGAGGAAGCCCUGUCCACGUGAAAUGUUUCCACGAUCACUCGUGUGUUUCCUUCCUCACAGAAAAACGUCUGAGGGGGGCGACAGAUUAGAUCGUUUCAGUAGGAACGUAUACUUUUAUUUUUUUGGUAACUAAAUAUGACCAAAUGUUAGUUUUCCAAGUGGUUAAUUGUAAAGUGUGGGUUUCUGUUUUUGUGAAGGUACCAGUGGGAAACUUGUUCCUCUCUCCUAGCUGAAGUAUCCACCUGCCGAUGGACAGGUUUGUGUUUCAGGAGAGAGGAUCUGCUGCCUUCGGCGCGUCCACGUUUAACUGCUCAAAACCCUGAUUUCACUUCCGUUAUGAGACUGACCUUUAUGAAAUUAUUGGCAUACAAUGAACUGUUACUCGAGUUUUUUUUUGUUUUUUUUUACUGAAUUAUGGAUGAUCCUAAAUUGAGUUAUUUUAACUUUAAGGCGAGUAUUUGUAAAGUGACACAUUGAAAGACUUCAACAAUAUGGUUUCAUUCAAAUAGGGUUUUAAUGGUACUGUAGUAGUCAGGGCGCCUUUUUUAGUGUUUUUAUAAAAGCGAACAAAACUUUAGGUUUGUGUAAUUUUUUCUUUCAGUUGCAGUGGAUGUUUUUGUGUUAUGUUUUUUUUUGAGUGGAGAGAAUAAAACUUUGUGAAACUAAA